AUGGUUUCGGUGAUGCAACCGUUUAUGGUGAGUGGAGAAUAUUGUAAAGAUGAAACAAGUUGCCGGCAGUUUUCUUCUGCUUUUGGGGAGAUAUCGUUUCCGUAGAGUCAUCGGAGGAUCUUGAAAAUUAAACGACUAUCCGAUUGUAUCGUAGGAUGUUGAGAGCUCGAGAAGUUACAUCGACGAACUAUACUCGCUGGAUCCACAGAAAUGCUUAGAAGCUAUUAUGUGAGUAAAAUCGUAUCUAACCUCCAAACUUGUUUACUGAAGAUCGUUAUUUAUUAAAAAUCACUGUAACGUACGGUGUAAACAAAGCAUUAGAAGGAUAAUAUGAUCGAAGUCACCUUAUUGUCUUUCAUACUCCCCUCUGUUAAUUCCAACAAUUUUUAUUAUAACCAAACAACUGCAUUAAAUAUAAUCUAUAAAGGUUUGUUUUUUUUUUUUGUUAUUUAUAGAUGUCUAAAAAAUUCUGUGAUUGGAAGCAAUAGGCAGAAAGGAUCUGUAAUAGCGCAAGGUGUAGUACCUCGUUUGUUGCAACUUCUCGGAGAUUUGUCAGAUAGAAUUGGAGACAAUAUAAGGCUCGAGGCUGCAGUGACUUUGGGUUCUUUGGCCAAAGGAACGGACCAACACGUCCUGGCACUUAUAGAUCUUGGUGUAGUGCCAUUGCUUUUUCAGGUUAUAUUAUCCACGCCAGUCACAGAAACGCCGUUGGAAGGAAAACCAAAAAUAACGGAUCUGUUGAAUGAGGCAUGCCUGCGUUGCUUGAGAACAGUAUUUCAACAUCCGGCAGCACCAGUUCACUCGAUAUAUCAGGAUCCCGCAUUAGUGCCAAGAUUAGUAUCAUUAGCGAAUCAAUGUGUCACUUGUCAAAUUUGUGUGGCAACAAUUUUAACAACAGCAUGCAAGACGACAGAAGAGCAAAGUGCUUUGGCCAAAGGAGGCGCAGUAGAAACAUUAGCAAUGCAGUUGGAUUCUCCAUUACCUGACGUUCAGUUGUCGGCUUUAGCAUGCUUGGCAAAUAUGUGUUAUAAGAAUUAUAGGGUAUGUGUUAUGGUUGCGUCGGCAACUACCAGUAAUACACCGCAGGGGAGGCUUGUACCUGCAGCAUUAGGACAGUUAAUGGGUCGUGAGAAAAGCUCGUUAAUUCAACUUGAAGCUGCAAGAUGUGUUACGUAUAUGCAUAGGACUGGAGUUUUACUAUACAAAGAUCCAAGAAUUAUAUACCGUGCUUUGCCUUGUUUGGUGCGACUCUGUCAUCGAAAUCAUCCACCGCGUGAAAGAGUAGCAGCGGCCGAAACUCUGGCUUUCCUUACUGAAGUUAAUACCGAAUUACAACGUCUAGCUUCCAUUAGCAAUCAUUUAAUUCCCACUCUUGCAGAAUUAUUGCGAUCUCAUCCGCAUGCAAAUGCAACGUUGACGCAAGAUAUGCGACAAGCUGCGUUUAGGGCAUUUGCGUCUCUUGGUGCUAAUGACGAAGAUAUUAGGAAACGUAUUAUCGAGACAGAAAGUCUUAUGGAGCAAGUGGUGGCGGGCCUUCAGGAUCCAGGAGGUUCUCACGUACGUUUAGCAGCAGUUAGAUGUCUUCAUUCUCUUUCUAGAAGCGUUCAACAACUCCGAACGACAUUUCAAGAUCACGCUGUUUGGAGACCACUUAUGCAGUUGUUACACGGCGCGGACAAGGGAUUGGAAGGUAGAGGCGAAAGCGAAGUUGAUUUAUUAACUGUUGCCUCGAGUACUUUAUGUAACCUGUUGUUGGAAUUUAGUCCAAGCAAAGAACCGAUUCUUGAAUCUGGAGGGAUAGAGUUAUUAUGCUCGCUUACAAAACGAUGUACACCGGCGUUGCGAUUAAAUGGAAUUUGGGCUUUAAUGAACGUGGCUUUUCAAGCGGAACAGCAAGUAAAAUUGCAAAUUUUACAAUGUUUGGGAACAGAUCAAAUCUUUUGUCUUCUGGCCGAUCAAGAUAUACCAGUUUUAAUGAAGACAUUAGGUUUAUUGCGAAACUUGCUCUCUACGAAAGCACACAUAGAUCGCAUAAUGGGAGAGCAUGCUGCUCACGUUAUGCAAGCUGUUAUAUUAGUUUUAGAAGACCCAAGACAUCCAGCAGAUGUAAAGGAACAAGCUCUCUGUAUUUUAGCGAAUGUAGCCGAUGGAAACAGAGCGAAGGAUCAUAUUAUGGCCAAUGAAGAUAUGCAUAGCAAUGUAAAAUUGCAAGUUGCUGCAGUUUUUUGCGUGUGUAACCUAGUCUGGAGGGAAGAACCUGGUGCUGCACAACGGCAAGCACGUUUGAAAGAACUAGGCUUUUAUCGUAUUCUGCAACAAUUACGUCAUAGCAAAGAUCUUCAAUUAUUUGAUAAGUAUGACAGACAAUCUUUGGAUAUUCUUUUGUACUUUUAUUUAUUUAAAAAUGACUUUAACUGUCCUUGUAAAUUAUAAUAAUCUAAUAAGAUAUUAGAGAGAUUUUAAUGUAAUCAAUAUAAAAAUAUUUUUUCUUGAAUAUUUCUGAUUUUUAAUAUACAUAUGUUUGUUUUGUUCCAGAGUCAGAACAGCUAUGGCACAAUUCUAUGAUGCUUAA